AUGUCCUAUUCCAAGUCCCACGUCAUUCUCAUCGCUUUCGCAUUGGACACACCGGAUUCUCUGGAGAACUGGAUUGAAGAAGUGCGCGCCAUUUGUGGAUCGACGAUUCCGGUGAUCCUCGUGGGAUGCAAAGCCGACUUGCGCCCUGCUUCACCACAAGAAAACUCGACUCAAUGGGUGUCCCGUGAGCAAGGGGAGCGCGUCGCCCAAGCCAUCGGCGCUCGUGCGUACAAAGAAUGCUCGGCACUCAGGAUCGAGGGUGUGGACGAAGUGUUUGAGACGGCGACGCGUGCGAGUAUGCUCAUGCGCGACGGAGUUCCGGGAGGUGUUGCCACCGACAACCGUCAUCACAGACGGAAAAGCAGCGGCAAAGGUGUACCAGAGAAGGAGGAGAGCAGUGGCUGCUGUGUUGUUACGUAG